CUCGGAGAAACGAUGAUAUUGAAGAAGAAUUUAGAGAUUUACUUGAAGACGACGCGAUAACUUGGCCUUAUGGGACAGCAGAUGAUGCCGACAAACGAUCCUUUAAAUCUUUUAGAUCACGACUUGAGGAUGAUAAUGAUGAAUUUGAAGUCAUUUUCGAUAAUAAUUCAGGGAAUAAUGAUAUUGAACAUAACGCGAUUCACAAGUUGUUUGGACUUGAAACUUCAGUGUUGGCAACUGCUUUAUGUCCUAACCCUAAGGGCUCCUCAAAAUUCCAAUUAUCCAUCGAUGAUUUAACAUUUGUUGGUCAACCUGUAUUUAUGAAUAGAGCAGAUGAAAACAAACAGAGUGAGGUCCCACUUUCAAAAGAUAAGGAAGCAACUAAGAGAACUGGGGACA